UGGAGGAUGGCGUCGGGGAUGCUCCAUGAAAGUCACCGAUGUAUUUUCUGAACAGGAUGAGAAUGUUUGCCGCUGGACAGAUGUGCGCGCUGGAGAAUAUCCCCGUCAGAAAAUGUGCUCUCACUUGCUCUGGACGUAGAGGAGAAGAGGUUGAGGUAGAGCUCUCUCCUGUCUCUCCAGUGAUCAUGAUUGCGGGUUUUGACUGAGAUCUCCUCCUCCAGUCUGAGUGUGUGUCCGCCAGCAGCAGCAGCAGCAGCAGCAGCAGCAGCCUGAUCUCAGUAGGUGCACUCUCAGCGGGUCUCCCUGCUGGUGAGGUGCUCUCUUUAACAUUGUGAUCAGCCUCCAGAGGCUGUGCUUUCAAUGGCUUUCACUGCACUGACGCCCCACAUCUAGCGUCAUCAUGGGGGAGGUAGUCCAGAUGCACUUCACCACCGUGGACUACGUCAUCUUUGCCCUGCUGCUGGUGGCCUCAGCUGGCAUCGGCCUCUUUUAUGCCUUCUCUGGCGGGCGCCAGCGCACAACACAGGAGUUCCUGAUGGCGGACCGCUCCAUGAGCUGCCUGCCUGUGUCUCUGUCCCUGCUGGCCACUUUCCAGUCCGCGGUGGCCAUCCUGGGUGCUCCGUCAGAGGUGUACACCUUUGGAACUCAGUACUGGUUCCUGGGAUGCUCCUACUUCCUGGGCCUGCUCAUCCCAGCUCAUGUUUUCAUACCAGUCUUCUACAGGCUGCGGCUGUCCAGCGCCUAUGAGUAUCUGGAGCUGCGCUUCAACAAGACGGUUCGCAUAUGUGGGACGGUGACGUUCAUCUUUCAGAUGGUCAUUUACAUGGGGGUGGUGCUGUACGCUCCAGCCUUGGCACUCAAUGCGGUGACGGGCUUUGACCUAUGGGGGGCAGUGCUUGCCAUGGGAUUGGUGUGCACUGUGUACACUGCUUUGGGCGGCCUGAAGGCCGUGAUCUGGACCGAUGUGUUCCAGACAGUGGUGAUGUUUGCGGGCCAGCUGGCGGUCAUCGUGGUGGGGGCCAGUCAGGCAGGGGGCAUAGGAGAGGUGUGGAGGAAAGCAAUCAAUGGCAGCCGCAUAUCUGGACUAGACCUGAACCCUGACCCUCUGGAGCGUCACACCUUCUGGACUCUGGGUGUGGGGGGAGUCUUCCUGAUGCUGGCCCUGUACGGGGUCAACCAGGCCCAGGUGCAGAGAUACCUCAGUUCACGCACAGAGAAAGAAGCCGUCAUGUCCUGCUAUGUUGUUUUCCCGUGCCAGCAGAUCGUCCUGUCUUUAGGUUGUCUGAUGGGUCUGGUCAUGUUCGCUCGGUAUGGAGAGGACAGCCCUCUGGAUAAGGGCUACGUCAAAACUAAUGACCAGAUGGUGCUGUACUUUGUGAUGGAUGUGUUCAGGGACCUUCCUGGGCUCCCAGGGCUGUUUGUAGCCUGUCUCUUCAGUGGCGCUCUCAGCACCAUCUCUUCAGCCUUCAACUCCCUAGCAACAGUAACUAUGGAGGACCUGAUUAAACCUUAUUUUCCAAACAUGACUGAAGCUAAAGCCACACUUCUGUCCAAGGGACUCGCUUUGGCCUAUGGCCUGGUGUGUCUGGCUAUGGCCUACCUCGCCUCCAUAAUGGGAUCUGUGCUGCAGGCAGCCUUCAGUAUCUUUGGGAUGGUGGGUGGCCCCCUGCUGGGCCUCUUCUGUCUAGGAAUGUUCUUCCCCUGGGCAAAUUCCAUCGGUGCAGUGGUUGGAUUAGCAUCGGGCCUUGCCAUGGCCUUCUGGAUCGGCAUUGGCAGUUUUGUGAUGCGUAUGUCUGUUGCCACCCCAGUCCCUCCACUCAACACCACUGCUCUGCCUCUGUUCGACAACAUGACCACCACUGUCAUGACUACACUGGCCAGCGCCACCACUGCCAAACCAAGGCCGACAGGUGUGGAGGCGCUUUACUCACUGUCCUACAUGUGGUACAGCGCUCACAACUCAGCCACUGUGGUGGUGGUGGGACUGAUAGUCAGCUUUCUAACAGGACCUAUGAAGGAGAAGGAGCUGACCCCCGGCACAGUGUAUCCAGUCCUGGGCACGUUGCUCUUUUUCUUGCCUGAGCGCUACAGAGAGAAGCUGUGCUGCGUCACUCCUCUGUCUCAGAAGCCCAAAGAAAUCAGCACGCAGCCUUAUCAGAUGGCCAAGAAGGACAGCAACGGAGCAGCUCACUGCAAAGACGACACGGUCACAGAGGACAAAGAGACGGAGAGCGACCGAGCACAAACAGAGGAGGAAGACUUGGAAGCGAGGAUCGUUCGGCCUUCGUGCCAGCUGACGGCUCACACAGUCCAGGAGACCGCCUUGUGAUCACUUACUAACAACACACACAAGACACACACAUACACACCAUGAAUGUCAGUUGCUGUACUGUCGAGUUUCUUUAAGAGUGGUGCAGCAAAAGACACAUCAUAGACGUGAGGUGCGUCACUUAUUAGAAGGUCUGUAGGUGUUUUACACUCACAGAAUCAGCUGAAUGUUAUUAUAGAAAUGCACUUCAGUAUUUGUGGGGAAAGGGUGUUUGUUGGUACCAACUUUUUUUCUCAAAAAAACAAAAACAGGAAAUCAAGUUUUGCCAGGCUGAAAGAGUGCAUAAGCCCAAAAGGCAGCAGUCCAUGAAGAAACCAGUCGAUUAGUCAGUUGAUCUGUAUUGGAGACUCUGAUACACAGGCUCUUUGGGUCUGUCCAGAUGUGUGCAGAUGUGCAGUUUGAAGUUGAGAGACUGGGCAGCUCUGAUGCACAGUGAGCUGCUCCACUGUGACUGGAUCCAGUCAUUCUGUUUCAGGUAUUUGCAAGAUGUAAAAUGUGUUAUUUUUGUAGAGAAGAUGGAAGCAUAAAAUCCCAGAUUAUGUAUCAGAGAAUAUAAUAUAAAAAGAAAAUAUUGUCUAGAGAGACUGAACGUCAGUCGAAGGCAUGACAUGUCUGUGCUACUGUGAUAGUGUAGUGUCUUUUACAUGGCCUUGUUUUAAUACGAAUAGUCGCCUUCUAGCUGCUACCAUAGAUGUUCAGUUACAGAGAGUCCACAGAAGCUCAGCCGUGAGCUGAGGCAGCGCAGAGAUGGCAUUCCAUGGGGGCAGCCUAAUCAGUUUCUCAUUCACUACAUCCCAUAUAAUUCACACUCGUUAGUUUAAUUUAUAGUGAGCAGUAAAUCAGGUUUCUCUUAGGUUCCUUUCACUUAGGAGAAUCACUAUUUUGCAACUUGUGAUUUUUGCGUCUAUAAAAUGCAACAUAUUACAUGGUGGGAUCUUUUAAACAUUUGUCAUUCCAUUGUUGAGCCCAGUAUUUACAUUACAUUGCAUUUACAUUUACUCAUUUGGCAGAUGCUUUUAUUUAAAGCGACUUACAAGAUCAAUAGCAAAAUUUAAAAAUGGCUCCUUUUUAAAAUGUGUCAUGCCUGUGUGUACAUCGAGUAUCGGUCACUGUAAUGCUUCCUCCUGUCCAUACUGGUCAUUAAGAGAUCCUUCCUAACAAGAGUCCAGUGCCAGAAUCCACAGUCCUCUCUGAGCUGAAGCUGAUCCGAGGCCUCAGGAGUAUGAGUUGGAUAAAAAGAAUAAAAGCAUGUGAGUGUCUUUUAAGUUAGUUUUAACUAAAUUCCUCAGCAUUUCCUCAGAACGUUUCCUUGCUGAGUCAAGGAAAAUGAAGAUACCCAUUGAAUCUGUCUAAUUCAGACUGCUGAAGCCUCAUGAGGCAAACUUUAAUAUAUAUAUUUGAGAGACAUUUUUCCACAGAACAUAUUGGAGUCAUGUCAGGAAAUGAUCUCUUCACAGCCAAGAGGAAUAAUUACACUGAACAAACAGUGUAACAAAGACGUUAAAAUGUACGUUCAGGCAUGUCAGUAAAAAAAUGUCUUAAAAAUAGUAAUAAUGAAAUGGACGGAUACGUCUGUCAAUUAAAGACAUGGUGGAAGGAGUAGAAUCUGUUGGGCAGGCGAGUUUGACACUCCAGACCAAUGUGCUGCUCACUGGAUCAAUCAGGAAGUCCAUGACAUCAUUUUGUGUGUAUUUGAAAUACACAGUUUUAUGUUUUUUUCAUUGUGUUCACAGUCACAGUGAACAUAUCUUAAACAGUGAUAACUAGAAUGACACUCAAUAGAGCAAAUACCUCAAUCAAUGCCAAACGACAAUAAUGUAGAAAAAUGUCCUGUCUCGCAUUUUUUUUUUUAAAUGGUUCCUGAAACCUUUUAAACAAACCAAACUUUAAUGGGUUCUUCUUUGGCCCAUGUUUCAUCCCUCCACCAAGCUUGGUGCAAAUCAGUUCAAACAAACAAACAAACAAACAUUCAUCUCACAAAACCCCUGUGAAAUUACAAAGUUCUUCACUGACUGAAUGUCCUUUUAAUGAGCUGGUAUGAACGUGAAACCUCUUAGCAACACUCACCAUCUGUUAGGUUUAUAUUUUACAGCACAAGUGGCUCAGUUACCUCUAUAACAUUAAUAUAGACCUUUCCCACAUUUAACAUGAGUUUACUGCUGCUCCCAUCUGAUAUGACUGCCCUGAAUAAAGCACAGCACUGCUCACAAUCAUACAGGCUAGACGCCUCCCUGAGCGUGAGAAGGACCUACUUCAUCUCCAUUAGUCAUUGCCUUGAUAUAUUUGACGGUGCGGACGAUUCAGUCAUCUCUGGUAAUUUUGUAUUUGAAAAAUCUUGAAGUGCACGUCAUUUUCUUUAUUUUUAAUUGAAGUUGGUGCCAUGUGAAUUGAUUUGUGUUAUAGUGUUUUGGCUUUAUCAUCAUCAUCAUCAUGAUUGUCACAAUUUUUGGAAUCGCAGAAUUCUUGACCUUCACCACUUCAUCCAUUGUCGUCGCGUGAGAGGAGAGGCUGUUGUGUGUACAGUGUUUUCAGUCAGUGCCGUCUGUGCUCUUGACAACAGACUCCAUGGCCAUGUUUUGUAAUGUGAAGUCAUGUGUUUGUUAAACCAGUCCGCCAUGUUCCCAGAGACUUUUCCCCAGUUUGUGUAGAGUCCACUUGCCAAACAGUUUCCUCUUUCAUUUCUAAGAGUAGCAGAUACCAGACAAUCGAGGUAACAACACGGUUCAGCAGCAGAAAUGAAAAUCUGCUUAGUUUGUCUCACAUUUAUUUAAACGUAUUAUGGACUCUGGAGACCAGAUCCCCCUUUUCAAAACCAUGUUUAGCCCUGCUCCGUUUGUACCAUCAUCCUGACACACAGAAAUAACUCACUUUAUCCAAAGCAUAUAGAAUAUGAAUUUCUUUCAUGUUUUCUUUUUUUAAAUACAAAAGAUGUAUUUGAGAUCUCAUUUGUAUAUUUUUGUAAUUUCACAUAAAGCCUGCGACACAUUUCAUAAGAUGAAAUGUGGAAUUCUAUAUGCAAGAACCAUGAAAUGUUUGAUUUCAGCGAAUGUCGGGCAGAAUCGGGGAUGUAACAGUCCGCUAACUCGAACCGGAAACAGCUGGAGCGACCAAACAUUAGAAUAUGUUUGCAUGCUAGUAUCCUUUGCCUUAUAGACGGCGUCUCACACAGGAAGUGUCCCUCAAUCACAGCUGGUUUUAGUGUUACAUCCCAAAUUCUGACUGUCAACAUUUAAUGGUUCCAAGAGUUUGUGAAGUACUUUUAAAUUCCACGUGACGAUGUGUACUUUUAUUUCUAAUCACAUUGUAGUGGAAUCCUCCUCCAUACCUGAAAUUACUUGAAGUGUGAGCCUGUGAUGUUAAUGAUACACUUAUAAAACCCUCUUUACAACGUUAGGGAGUGUAAUUCAAGCGCUGACAUAUUAACAUUAUUGCUGUUCAACGUGUCCUGUGUCACCUCUGGGUGGAGCCGCGUGAUACGAACAAACACUAGCACAUAAUAAAGCACAAUGAUGUCAGUACUCUGUAGUCCUGCUGCUCAAAGAGUCUGACUGAAACCAUCGGUUGGUCUAAAGCAGCUUAGACACUGUCCAUGAGUUAUAUUUAUUUUAAUAACACAAAUGUCAGCUUUAGGUUUAAUACCUGCUCACUCUCUGAAUAUGUGGCCUUUUUACAGUGGAGCAGUCGGGACCGCACCGUGAUACAGUUUGCGAAAUAAAAGAACGUCACUCAGUAAUUUCCAGCAAUAAUAAAUAUUGUUUGGAUCAAUAUUUAUUAUAUUUCUUCUCCCACCCACAAGAAUUCUUCCUGUUAUGCAUUCCAAAAAAAAAAAAAAAACUAAACACAACCCCAUAAGCACUGAAGUCAAGAUGACUCCUCUGCUUUGGCUGUGCCUUCAUUUUGUGAUUUUUUUAUUUAAUUUAAUUUUGGUUUUACUCCUCUGUAUCCUAAGGUACGACUAUUUUUGGGAAGCCCCUUUAAUUCAGUGAACAGCGUAAAUGACUGCAUUUAAAUCUGUUGAAGUUUCACUGUGUCUGGAUGUAUGAAUAUUAGAUUUAUAAAUUUGCUGUACUUGAACUGAGAUGUUAUUAAAAAUGAUGAUAAUGACAAAUUCUUA